GGAGGAGGGAGUGCGGUGGGCCAAUGGGGAGGGGAAGGGGGCGGGGCUAGCGGCGGGCCGGGCUGGGGGGGCGGUGAGCGUCGGGAGCGAGCACGGGCACGAGCACGGGCACGAGCACGGUGUCCCCUGCACCAUGAGGACAACGGUGACGCUGUGGCUGCCCCUGGCCCUGGCCGGGGUCGCUGCCGUGGCCACGCUGCGGUGUCCCGACGGGAUGUCCGAGUGUCCCCACAAUGCCACCUGCUGCGUGACGCCCAGCGGCACCUGGGGGUGCUGCCCCAUGCCACAGGCAUCGUGCUGUGAGGACAAGGUGCACUGCUGUCCCCAUGCCACCACCUGCGACCUGGCCCAUGGGCGCUGCCUCUCGCCCCAUGGUGACACCCCCUUGCGCACAAAGUUCCCUGCCUGGAAGAGCCAGCAGCGGGCACCGGCAGCUCUGCUGCGCCAGGUGACGUGCCCCGAUGGCCACUCGGCGUGCCCGGACGGUGCCACCUGCUGCCGGCUGCCCUCGGCGCAGUAUGGCUGCUGCCCCCUGCAGAACGCCGUGUGCUGCAGCGACGGGCAGCACUGCUGUCCCCAAGGCACCACCUGCGACCUGGAACGCUCCACGUGCACCUCGGUGCAGGACCCGGCACGGCUGCUGGCACGCGUUGGUGAUGUGAAAUGCGACGACGAGAUGAGCUGUCCUGACGGGAACACAUGCUGCCGGCUGAGCUCGGGCGCCUGGGGGUGCUGCCCCUUGGAGCAGGCCGUCUGCUGCAAGGACCACCAGCACUGCUGCCCCAGGGGCUACACCUGCAACGUGGCCACCCAGAGCUGCGAGAAGCUGCUGGCGGCCACCCUGCUGCAGUCACCGCCCCCCCCGGGACCACUGCUGUCCCCACUGCGCCCCGUGGCCACCAUACCCGGUGACACCGCCAGUGCCUGCCUCCCCGGCCAACGCUGCUGCCGCAGCAGGGACGGCUCCUGGGCACGCUGCCCCUUCACCCAGGGCUCCUGCUGCGAGGACGGGCGUCGCUGCUGCCCCGCCGGGUACCGCUGCGCCCGGGGGGGACGCGAGUGCUGGCCCCAGCGCUGGGACGUCAGGGGGGGGCAUCUCCAGCAGGACACUGCUGUGACCCCCCCGGGGCAAGGGACACCACUGGCUGGAUGUGCCCCACAAAAUAAAAGGUUUCUAGGAAAAAAACGUGAUUUUUUGGUGGGGGUGGAAGCACGGUUGGGUCGUGCCUGA